UUUGACACAUUUUUUAAAUCACAUGGUGCUAAUGCGCCGAAUUUCCAUAUCAUAUGGGGUCGGUGCAUUAAACCCUUCCCAUAGGUAGUAAAUUCAACUGGUUUCAGAUUUCUUGGACUUCUUAAUCUCUCUCCUCCUUUCCUCCAAGCGAGCGACUUUAUCCUUCUUACGUUUUAUUCCAAUCUCCAUUGCCUCUUUGAUUUUCCUCAUUUUGCGGGACAUGGCCAAUUUUGGACAUUGUCUCAUCAUCGUUGACAAUUUGUUGUGUAUCAGGAACAAAUUCAGGACUACCAUUGUUGUCCUCUGAAAGAUCAUUCUCACUCUCUUUGGAAAGUGCCGGGCAUUGAACGCCUUGAAGCUCCUUUUUUAAUUCUUCAUGAUACUGCUUCUCUAGAGCAGACAUGAUUUGCUUUUUCUGAGCAGCUUCAAUAGCUUUUGCACGGUCACUAAUACCCUCCAUCAGUCUAUUCUGAGGAUCAUCCAAAUCUUCUGCACCAAGACCAGGCAUUGGGAGCACUUCUUUUGUUGCAGCAGUGCAUAUUGGCUUGAUGGUCUCAGCAUAUUCAUGCAUAUAACUAGGGAUGGACCCAACCGGGCCGAACCAGCCUGGGAACCGGCCGGCCCGCUACUGUGCGGGUCCGGAUGGCCGGUUCCGGACUUUAGUCCGGUUUGGGCGGGCCAGGCUCAGGCCUUGAUUUUCAUGAACCGGCCCGAGGUUUUUUUUUUUGUUUUUUCAAUUUUUUUUCUUUUCCUUGGGUAGGGCUGGCCCGACUAGGUGUUUUGGGGAGGUUUGAGGGGUGGGAGGUGAGGGGAGUCGGGGCUUAAUUAGAAAGCCCCAAAAAAAAUGCAUUCAACCGGCCCGGACCAGCCCAGCUCGGUUUGGCCCGGACCCGGUAUCAACUCGGGCCGGUUCCGAGCCCAACAUUCCGAAAAAAGCCCGUCCGAACCGGCCCGGAGCCCGAACUGGCCCGAGCCCGGUCCAUGCCUACAUAUAACCUUCUGUUUCAUUGUCACCAAAAGGGGAGAAGUGUGGAGGGGGACCCUCCCAACAAAGUAAGGCUCAGUAGGCAAUUUGAUGCGAUUGUUUAUGCAAUCAUAAGCCCACUGUGGUUGAACAUAUUCCCGAUAAAGAAAUCUGCGACCCUGUGUUGGCCUAUCAACGAUCUAAUGAGUAAUACUCUGAUCAGAUUCAUUAAAUGGGGCUCCUUCUCCUUCCCACGAGACAAUACCACCAAAAACAGGGAUAACAAAAAGAACAGACUCCCUGGGAACCUCACGACUUAGGAAGAAUGUCAAUCCUUCAAAGAGGGACUUGCAUUCCUUUGUUUCAGCAUCAUCAUCAUCCUCGCCAGCUUCCUCGUUAAGUAGGUGCAUCAAAGCACCUGGCUCAUUUGAAGGAAGUUGGUGUUGAAGCUGUGCAAGUCUCAGAUCCGACUCCUCAAGCGCUCUCUGCGUCUCCUAAUCAUCAGUCUUCACAGACUCAGAUAG